AUGGAAGCCAUGGAACUUAGCGCAGACGCGCACUCGGCCGCGACCGCAGGUGUUUCGGCCGUCUCUCGGCCAGGAGAAAACCGUCCUCCUGAGCCGCCGCACGAGUACGGCGAGGAUGCGGAGGAGUGGUUGCAGCGGACAUUGGUGUACCAACCUCCCGUGCUGGAGACGGUGGAACUUUCUCCUGGAGUUGCCAUCGUGGACUUGAACACUGGGAAGCAGAAGGUGGCCGAAGCUGAAGCAACCCGGCCCAUGUCCCGCCAGGAAUACCUGGUUCUGACGCAGUCUCACACCCGGCCGAAGCCUGUGGCGAAGGCCCAGGCGCGUCACGUGGAUGCACGGGUCGUGGAGAUCCAGCGGCUCUUCCAAGCGAUGUCCUCGCCGCACUCGCAUGUAAUGUCCUCGCGCUCCUCGCCCCGAUCCUCACCGCGUCGCCACGGAGUGCCCUGCAGGCCGCUCUCCCCCAAGGGCGAGGAGGGGAACGGGGAGCCCCGCGUUUCUGCUCAAAGCCCACGGACAGUACCCGGCCCAAAGGACCGGGUCCUGGGUGGUACUAUCGUGGCCAACCGGGAGUUGCUGAAGCAGUUCUUCGGAGGUGGCAGCAAAUGA